AGAUAGAAUUUCAGAUUCUCCACUGCGUUGAACAGAGGCGAUAAGCUCCAGGAGCCAUGGCGGUGCGCGUUCAGCCUCGCCGCCGGCGCCGCGCACCUGUCGUGUCCCCGUUCAGCCUCGCACCUGUCGCAUCCCCGUCAAGCCCCGCCACGGCGCCACGCUCCUCACAUCCCUGUCCAACCGCGCCGCGCCGCCGCGUUCCUCGUGUUCCCGUCCAGCCCACCGCCGGUGCCGCGCAUAAACAUAUAUUUUUGAUUAACUUGGUUCAGGCAGGAGCCAAACGAUAUGCCUUCAACACCCGAGAAGGAAUCAAGGCGCAGAGAUCGCAUCAGCACCUCAGCGUCCUCACCAACGACGUGCUGCCGUGGCUGGGCCAUGUCCUGCUUCCGUUGAUUUCCCAGUCUCCUGAUUUGAUGCGAUGGCAUGAGAAGAACUGCUUCCGUUGAUUUCCAGUCUCCUAAUUUCCCCAUCGCCGGCGAUGGAGCGGCGACGGCCUGAUGGACAGCGAACCAGGCGGGGUCGUUUUUCUCUCCGUGUUCUGUAAAAAAUAAAGAGGUCCAGACCUCUUAUUUUAUACAGAGGAAUAAGUGUUUGGUUCUCCCUUCAAAAAACAAAAUGUUUGGUUCUUAGACAUAGAAAAGAAAAAAAAAUAGAACCGUUCAAUCGUUCCAUUUCACCUCGCUCGGUCUAGAACCAGACACUGCCUCUAACUCCAUCCAGCAUCUGUCACGCGCACGGCGGCGAUGGAGGUGGCGGCGGAGCCGGGGGCGUACGAGGAGAUGCUGCGGGUGGUAGAGGCGUGCGCCGCCCGCAUCCGGUGGCGCCUUCGCCCCCAGUCCAAGCGCCGCCUCCUCAACGAUAUCCUGUUCCUCUGUGCCGGGUUGCGGUCUGUGAUACUGAUGGACUAUGGUGGCACAAUGCCUCUACUACAGGAGAAUCUCUGCAGCCUGCUGCACCAUGCUCAACAGGAAGCAAGUAUCUUGAAUCCACUAAGGGUGAUGGUCAUCAAAGAUAUGCUGUAUCUGAUUCAUGUAAAAGGACUUGCUGAACAUGUGUCACCAAAUGCAAGGUCACGGCACCAGCCAGCUUUUGUGGACCUAGAGAAAAGCUGUUGCGAAGUCUUUACCUUCUCAGAUCAUACUUCUCUAUUUUUGUCUAUUCCAUGUUUUACAUUACUGACUGAUGUCCUGGCGCAGCUGCUUGUCAACACAGAAGAGAAUGGAACUGUGCUGGAGCUUUUAUCCAUCCAAGAUGGGUUUUCAGGUAAAUUUCCACUUGAAGCAGCUUUUGAACCUGGAACAACAAAGCAAGAGUCAAAACUUGCAGAGAAAGCCACUGCUGUGGAGUACACUGACAUCCAUGUUGCCAACAGAACCUCACUGGUUCUUGAUCUGAGUGCUAUCCUGGAGAACACCCAAAUUGCACUGCCUUCUCUGAAUGGGUGGCUUUUGGGUUAUCCUGUGACAUAUUUGUUUCGCAAUGAAAGUGCUGAGGCAGCUACACAGAAUCUCUCCAAGCACUCUCUUCAUAUCUAUAGGAUAUACGUGGUCAGAAGUCCCCAUUCAGAUGCUAAACCAUCAGAAGAGGAACUCCUGAGUUUUUCAGUUCCUUGCGAAAUGAGUGUGAGACGCGAUGAAGAACCAUGGGCCAAAUCAUUUUUAGCUUGCAUGAAUGAAAAGCUGGAACGAUGCAACCAUGUCUGGGCGUCGAUGCGGCUAGAGAUCGAUGUUUUCCGAAGCCAGUCGGGAGUCAUCGUUUUGUAGUUCAGAUCAGAUCAGAUGAGCAAGCGUUGUACAAGAUGAAAUCUGCUAAGUUUACACUCAGUGUCAGAUGGUAUCUGUUGUUCGAUUGGAGGACCAGAGUCCCUGAAAGAUGGAACAUUGCUCUGUUGUAUGAUUGGUGACCCAUGCUGCGUGUAUCCUGUGUCCAGGAUUUGCGGCCGUGUUGUUGCAUAUAUGAAUCACACAUGAAUUGUUUUUUUGGCGGCAUGAACUGUUUUCUUCAAUCCAGGCUCAGAGCUUUAGCUGGAUA